AUGGCAAAUAACAACAACAACAACAAUAACAAUAUACAUGGCUAUGUUGCUCCAGGUUGGAAUAGUGUUCGCUCUGUUUUCGAACAAAACUUAGCUGAAGGACUUGAUAUUGGUGCAAGCUUAUGUAUUUAUCAUCGAGGACAAUGUGUUGUCGACUUGUAUGGUGGCUGGAAAGAUAUACAACGAAAAAAAGAGCCAUAUACAUCGGAUACAUUGCAAUUAGUUUUCUCAGUAUCAAAAGGCAUAAUGGCUGCAGCUAUAGCAUUAUGUGUAGAAAAAGGUUGGCUUGACUAUGAUAUACCUGUUGCACAAUAUUGGCCAGAAUUUGCUGCGAAUGGUAAACAGAAUAUCACAGUAAGUGAUGUAUUAUCACAUCGAGCUGGUUUACCAUAUGUUGAUGAACAAUUAACACUCGACGAUGUAUGUAAUUGGUCUCGAAUGACUUCUCUAUUAGCAGCACAAAAGCCACAUUGGGAACCUGGAACAAUUCAUGGAUACCAUGCAGUUACAAGUGGUUUUCUUGGUGGUGAACUAAUUCGUCGUGUUGAUCCUCACCAUCGUCCAUUUGGUCAAUUUGUUCGUGAUGAAAUAGAUAAUGAAUUUUAUCUAGGUGUACCUAAUGAUGAGAUUGAAGCACGUGUUGCUCUUCUUAUUAAAAAGAUCAAUACCAAUUCAACUAUUCUUCCACCAAUGAAUUCAUUCACUGAAAAAACAUUAACAUGCAAUGGAGCUUUUCCUAUUGAAUCACAGAAUAUGAGUGACUCUGUUUUCAACAAACCUCAACUUCAUCGAGCUGAAAUUCCUGCUGCUAACGGUAUUACAAAUGCUCGUUCUUUGGCACGAAUAUAUGCUCGUCUCAUUGGUGAUAUCAAUGAAAACGGUCAAAAGAAACAACGUCUUAUCAGUGAAAAGACAUUAACACGAGCUACAACAAAUGUUACACCAGUGGGUGAACCUGAUCGAAUUUUGUUUGGCAUAAAAUCAAUAUUUGCAAUGGGUGGUUUUCACAUUUAUAGUGAUUAUUUCAAGGCAAUGGGUACUGGUGUAUUCGGUCAUAAAGGUCUGGGCGGUAGCUGUGCAUUCGGUUAUCCUCCACAAAAAUUGACUUUUGCUCAUGUUUGCAAUCAUCUUGAUUUCAGUACGCCAACGCUUGAUCCACGUACUAUUCGUCUACUUCUAGCAAUUGAAAAUAUUCUGAAUCAUAAAAAUAAUUCAAAAAACAAUAACGCUCAUAUACCGAAUGCCGGAACUAGUGUUCAAUCACUUCAACUUCAACUUCUAGGAAUUGCUGGAGUGUUGUUAGUUGUCCUGGUCAUUGUUCUUCCACUUACAUUUGUUCUUACUGGCAUCAAAGGAAACACAACACUAAGUUAUUCCACUACAAUAGCAACCACGCUGACAACUAUCACAACGUCAACAACGACACUCUCUCCAUAUGCUUGUGGUAACAUGACCUUCUACAACAACACAGAACUCGGUGGUACUGAUAUUGGUUAA